AUGAGAAUGAUGACAAAGGCCAAGAAAGGGGAUAAGAAGGCCCCGGGUUGGCAGGUCCAGAUGUUUGGGCCAUUGGGGGCGGAUGAGAAGCGCAAGUGUAAGAUGUGCGACACCCGCAUCUGUUGGUCGACGGGCACUACCACUCCAGGGGUGCGCCACAUGGUUGCGAAGCACACGGCGCACCACGAUAUUUGGGAGUAUAGGUCCCUAAGGCUUCACUUACUGGCUAAGGGGGAGACCUUCCCGGAGGGGGGCUACGAUGGAGUUCCCGACAAGAAGGUGAAGAAUUGGCCACACGUGGCCUCGUGGCCCAAUGUCACGGCGUUGCAGACCCCGAGCGCGAAGAGCGAGGUAGGCGGCAUUGAGCGCUUUGUUAUGGCGAGGCUGAGUAAGAUGAAGCUUCGUGCGGCGAUCAGGAAGCUUGUGGUGACCGGCGACUUGCCCUUUCGCAGAGUCGAGCUGGAUGCGGUGAGUAAGCAUUCACCUCCUCACUUGUACGCUGCGCUUAGCACCGAUACGUGGACAGGCCCGAACGGCAAGGCUUACAUGGUGCUGACAGGUCACUUCGUGUCGGAGCAGUGGGAGUUGCGCCAGGUGAUUCUUGCUUUCGUCGAGAUGCCUGACGGGCAUGUGGGGAAGGAUAUCGCUAAGGCGGUGGAGAAGGUGGUGGAGCAGUGGAAGUUGCAGACGCGUUGCCUCGGUCUCACGACCGACAAUGCGUAUGCAAACGUCGUUGCUCUUCGGCACCUCUCAGAGGAGGGUGCCUUCUCGAGGUGCCUGUCGCACAUCGUGAACCUGGCAGUGCAGUCUGGGCUGGGUGUGGAGUCGAUGCAGGUGCCCCUGAAGAAGGUGCGGGACAUUGCCUCAUGGGUGGGCAUGUCGCCCAAGCGAGGAGCCACCGUCAUAGCGCUGCAGGUUCGGCAUGGACCGCUGCCCAAUGGGCCGCACAAGCUCGUUCAGGAUAGUCUUGUGCGCUGGGGGUCCACACACGAGAUGGUUCAGCGCUUCCUGCUGUUGAGGCCCUUCAUCGACAUGCACUUUGCCCGCGAGAAGGGCACCACGAAGGCUGAGAAGAAGAAGUGGCGAGAUCUGCGUCUGACCGUUGCCGAGUGGGAGGUCUUGGGGGCUUUGGAGGGGUUUCUCCGUCCCUUUGCCAGAGUCUCCACGACCGCCGACGGGUCGACCUACCCCACUGUGUCGAUGGUGCUGCCAUACUUCAAUGCCCUCAUCGACAGCCUGGAGAAGAAGCUGCAACAGGCAUGCAUGAACUAG